AUGAUGAUGCUCUCUACUGAGCUCGUCAACGAAAGCUCGCCCGCACACGUGAGGAACGCGGCGGGUCUCACUCUUAACAAUGCUCUGACCACCCGUGAAAGUGCACGACAACUAGACUACUCUAACCGAUGGCUCACGCUCAACGAGAGCACGCGCAACAAGGUAAAGCAAGAUGGCAUGAUGGCCCUCGGCUCGACCAACACGAAAAUCAGCACCGUCGCCGCCCAGAUCGUCUCUGCCAUCGCGUCCCUGAUCGAGAUUCUCCUCGGCUUCGUGAACAACCAGUCCAACACGAACAUGCGCAUCGCAACGCUCCAGGCGAUUGGCUUCAUCUGCGAGACCAUUAAACCUGAGAUCCUGGCAAUGCGCUCGAACGAGAUCCUUACGGCUGUCAUCCACGGUGCGCGUAAAGAGGAGCCGUCUGCAGAUUUCGUACGCGAGAACUUUGAGCGUGAGGGCGAGCGUAAUUAUAUCAUGCAAGUUGUCUGCGAGGCGACACAAUGCAACUCCGUACCCGUCCAAGUCGGCGCGUUCGAGUGUCUUGUGAAGAUCAUGACCCUCUACUACGAGAAAAUGAGCUUCUACAUGGAGCGUGCUCUGUUCGGCCUUACUGUGAUGGGCAUGAAACACACGGAGGAAACCAUCGCCCUGCAGGCUGUCGAGUUUUGGUCGACUGUCUGCGAGAUCGAGACGGAUUUGGCAUGGGAAGCCCAAGAGGCCUCCGAAUACGGCGAGCUGCCCGAAAACGAAAGCAAGUUCUUCGCGAAGAUCGCGCUGCCCGGAAUUGUGCCCGUACUACUCCAGCUCCUCACGCGCCAGGAGGAGGACGGCCAGGAAGAUGAGUGGAACAUCUCCAUGGCGGCAGGGACGUGUCUGGGCCUGCUCGCGCAGGCCGUCACGGACACGAUUGUCCCCGCCGUCAUCCCAUUCAUCGAGGCAAACAUCAAGGCACAGGACUGGCACCACCGCGAGGUAGCCGUUAUGGCGUUCGGCUCAAUCCUUGAGGGUCCUGACCCAACCGUGCUCACGCCCCUCGUCAACCAGGCGCUGCCGAUCCUGAUCGACAUGAUGAAUGACCAGAACCUGCACGUCAAGGACACGGAUGCGUGGACGCUUGGCCGGAUAUGCGAUCUGUUGAUCAACACAAUCAAACCGGACGUACACCUCCAUCCGCUCGUGUCUGCGCUCGUCAACAGCCUGCAGGAUAACCCACGCAUCGUCGCGAACUGCUGCUGGGCGUUGAUGAACCUUGCGGACCAGCUAGGCUACAGCGAGGGCGACGACCAAUCGGCGGCGAACACUAACCCGUUGUCGCCGUACGUCGACGGCAUCGUGCAGGCACUGUUGCAUGUGACUGAGACUGCCAGCAACGAAGGCAACUACCGUACCGCUGCGUACGAGGCGAUCACAUCCUACGUUACGCACUCGUCCGCGGAUACCAUCCCCGUUGUUCAGAACACGGUGGUUGCUAUCCUUGCGCGGAUGGAGCAGUUGCUUGCCAUGCAAAGCAACUUCUGCAGCGUCAUCAUCAGCGUUACGCGCAAAUUGGGCGAGGGCAUCCAACCACUGGCUGACCGCAUCAUGACCCUCAUCCUGCAGCUCAUGUCUGCAGCAGGAAAGACCUCGACCAUUCUCGAGGACACCUUCCUCGUCGCGUUCCUCCCCUUCCUCUACCCAGCGCUCAAGGCCUUCGACGACACCCAGCUGUGCACAGUCGCUGUCGGUGUUAUCGGCCAUAUCUGCCGUGCGCUCGGCGAGCACAGCACGCAGUACUCAAACGCAUUCAUGGGGGUGCUGUUGGAGGACCUGUCGAGCAAGGUUCUGAACCGCGACGUGAAGGUGUCGAUCUUGUCGUGCUUUGGGGACAUCUCGCUGGCGAUUCAACGCGUCAUUCAAGGCACUCCGAUGAUGCACCAGCGAAGACCGGGUCAUGUGGAACCUCCGCGCACCCGCUAG